GAAAAUCAAGCUAGACAAUCAGUCCCUCUCUCACGCGUCAGUGAGGCUGGUUGAGGAUAACGUUCUCCGUCACUUUCACGCUGCAUAGCUAAAUUCAAAAUGGCACGUUUCGUGAUUUUUUCUUCUGUUUUACUUGUCGUUUCGCUCUUCGCUCCCAGUAGUUUGUCAGUUGAUGUUAAUGAAUUUCUGGCGCAAAGGGAACGAUUCCUGGCUGACGAAUCCGCCCGGAUUUUAGGUGGUGGUAUAACGCUGAGCAGCAAUGAGGAGCUGGUCAACACCAUGUUAAUGACCGCCAAAACAUUUGAAUAUGAUCAGUCAUUUUCUUCGCUUAACUUUACUCCGGCUACGCAUUUCUUCCUAUCAAAGCCGGCAAUGCUCGAAUCAGAAGUCUUUCAGUUCAUCCGUCAAAUGCCAAAAGGUGGUGUUUUGCAUAUCCACGACGUGGCAGUCACUCCGUUGGAAUUCAUCAUCUACGAUGCUAGCUACCGCCCAAAUCUUUAUGUUUGCUCUCCACCCAAAGAUCCAGUUUUCUUUCAAUAUGCUUCACCGGCUCCGGCUAAUCUGCCUGACUGUGACUGGACUUUGGUGGCUGACAGACGAGCACAAGAAGGAGCCCUUCAGUUUGAUGCCUGGCUCCGCUCAAAGUUAUCGCUCUACACUCCAAACCCUCAAGAGGCUUACCCGAAUACCAACUCCGUCUGGACGGCAUUUGAAAACACUUUAAUCGCUGGCAGCGGGAUAAUCACAUAUGCACCAGUCUUUACUGAUUAUUUUUAUGAGGGCCUUCAGUCGUUUUAUGAUGAUAACGUCCAAUAUAUAGAAAUCCGUACUACUUUACCCCAAGUUUACAACCUGGACGGCACGUUAUUGGAUGAAGCCCAGGUAACUCAGCUCUACAAGGAUACGUUUGAUCGCUUCCGAAACGAUCAUCCUGAUUUCACCGGCGCUAAAAUCAUUUUCGCUCCUUUACGUCGGGCCGACAACGCCACUAUGUCACGAUACGUUGAAUUGGCCUCUCAACUUAAGGCCCAGUUUCCUGAUGUAGUGGCUGGAUUUGACCUUGUUGGUCAAGAAGACUUGGGACCUCCACUCAAAGAAUUUUUAAGUCAGCUUCUUGCGGGGGCAGUUGAUCCCAAUCUUCAUUACUUUUUUCACGCUGGAGAAACCAACUGGCACGGUACUGAUGUAGAUGAAAACCUCAUUGACGCCAUUCUACUAAACACAACUCGCAUCGGGCAUGGCUUCGCUAUCGCUAAACAUCCUAGCGUCAUGGAGCUUGCUAGAUCUAACGGAGUUCCAGUUGAAAUUUGUCCUAUCUCGAAUCAAGUGCUUGCAUUGGUAGACGAUUUGCGCAACCAUCCAGCCGCAAUGCUUUUCAGCAACGGUUUUCCUUUAGUCAUCAGUUCAGAUGACCCAGCGUCUUGGGAAGCUGUUGCUCUUAGCUCGGAUUUUUACAUGGCUUUCAUGGGCCUUGCUGGAAAGAAAGCCGAUAUUCGAACCUUGAAACAACUAGCCAUCAACUCAAUUAUGUUUAGUGCCAUGACUACCGAUGAGAAAAAUUCUGCCAUGGCAGAGUGGCAAAGGCGUUGGAAUGACUUCAUUCUCAACAAGUACGAAGACUACAAGACAAAACACAACUUGAUUUAAAGGACUUAAUAAGACUAAAGAAACUAAGAAUGACUUAUCAAACGUUAUACUGAGACCGCAGUAGAUUUGCUAAAAAAAUCCCAAUACAAUUCAGUGCAAA